AAAACUGGGUCUGGGUGUCUAAGGGUUAAGCUGUCCCAGUUUAUAUGAUGUCCCAGGUUUUUUUCAAGUAACAUUGUAUGAAUUUAAUCUGAACGCAUUUCAGUCAUUCGAAUUUAGGUGAAAAUGUACACAAUUCUGGCUAAAAUGUAGACACAGUGCCAUAAACUAGCCAUCUUAGUCUUGUUGAACACUGUCAGCAUGGCCACUGCCAUUUCAAUACAGUACCUCUCUUAUUGCUUCAAGGCACACCUUGAUACAACCACCAAACGGGAGCAAACGUAUCUGAAAGUCUGUUCAAGAACAUACAAUAAAGUUUUGGGAAAACGUGUUGUUCAGUACAAACCCUUCCGCAACGUAGCAAGCGAACUGAACGCACCUCUGGUUUCAUGAGCGUCACCAGCGCAUAACCUUUGAACUAUGACGCCAACCAUCCAUGCAAACGGAAGUAAACGACCAAGAACAAUUUCCACGUUCGCGUUUUUAUUUAGACGUUUAUUAACACCAUGGAACUCAAAAUAUGACUAAUUUAACUGCACAGCGUCACAUACUUACCCCACGUAGUAUUUAAUUCGCGUUGGAGACAGGACUUGGUUGAUAUAAGUUUUCUAGGUAAUGCUAGUUAGCUGCUAACAAUGGCUAACUGUAUGGUUUUUCACACUCAAAUAGCCUCCAUCAUGGAGGUGCUAGCGAAUGCCGCCGUGGCAGAGAUCUGUAAACUCGUAGACGACGAUUAUGCAGUGUUUCGUUUGGAAAUUUCUCAAGGCCAGAAAGAAAACAGAGGAUUGCGGAGGAAACUACAACUACUGGAACUGAAGGUGGCACGAGAGCGCGUCCUCGCCAGUCGUCCCGGUAGUGUCAAGAUCCUCGACCGAUACAGAGGAAUGGCAAGAGGUGAAGGCAUUCUCACUCGAGGCCACAAGAGCUUUGUGAAGCCAGCGGGACACAAUACAUGGAGUGAUGACCAACCAAUCACUGUUGAUGAGGGGAGUGGAACCUCAACCCAGCACGUUAUCGUGAUAGAGCCUGCAGAUGCAGAGUCUGCAGGUCCUGGGGUUAAGCAGGAGAGGUCUGAAGGAGAGGAUGACCUACGGCACAGCAGAGACAUCCAGACCGGAGUGCCCCCUGUAGUCACGGAGAACCCCACCGCUGCCCCAACGCAGCCCAGAACCCGGCACAGUAUCACGGAGGAGGAGGGUCCAGAGGUGCUGCUGGAGAAGGAGGAGGGGUGUGAGGAGGGUCUGGGGAACCCUGAGGGGACAUUGGUCAUGGAGGACAACCAGACUACACCUCCUCCUGAACCCACAGAGGAACCAGCUGAGCAGCACAAGACCACACACAGUCUCACUGAGUCAGCAGACAUGGAGGAUGGGAAGCCUGAUCUGCUGUUAGUCAAAGAGGAGACAAUAGAAGAUGGACCAGAGAGUAUUGAUCUGCUGAGUGGACUAAAAAUGGGGGAGCAAGGUGGAUGGCUGGAGACUAACAGAGCAGACUGGGCGGCCAUCUUGGAUUCCCAGAUGGGUGCAGCCAAGGGCCCAGCGAACAACAUCACCGAGCAGCCCUGGACCAGAGGUGACCUAGUGGAGGUCAGGGGAUGGGACAGCGUCCUCAACUCUGGGCUGGUGAACAACGCUGUUAACCACAACCAGAAACAGAUAGUCGAACACACAACGACAUCCGAACUUAGUCUCCAUGACAACAGACUGGCUGAGACCAGGGUGAGGCAGCAUAGAUUUGGUUUGCGGGGACAGGAAAGUGAACGUAUGCGGCAGGAGAGUACAGACUUCGCUUACGAUGCUCCGUCCUGCUCCUAUAGUUGUGAUUCAGAGAGACUGAUGGUGCCUCAGGUUAACCCCCUAACAGGUGCUGCCUUCAGCCUGCCUUCUAUAGGAUCUGUCAACUGUAACAUGGACCCUGCGAUAACACAGACACUCCCUGGCCUUCGUUCUCCUCACACUCUCCUAAUGUUAAACCAGACCUCAGACAAUGCCAGUGCCUCAACACUAAAUGGCUACACAAGCCCAUUGACAAAUGACAGUAGUGAAGACGGAAUCAGUAAAGGUGGCAGCGCCAAAGAGAAGCGCUUCCCGUGUUCAUUCUGUGGGAAAGCCUUCAGUUUUCCCCAACAGGUGGAGAUCCACCAGAGAGUGCACACGGGGGAGAAACAAUUUGGCUGCCACCUGUGCCGGGCCAGUUUCUCUCACUCCUUCAGCCUGAAGAGGCACCUGAGAGUCCACACAGGGGUGAAACCCUUCAGCUGUACCCAGUGUCACAUGCGCUUCGCCCAGGCUGGUCACCUGAAGAGGCACCAGAGGGUCCACACAGGGGAGAAACCCUACAGCUGUACGCAGUGUGAGAAGAGGUUCUCCCGCCAGGACCAGUUGAAGAUGCACCUGAAGGUCCACAUGGUAGAGAGGCCAUUCGCCAGUACUCACUGCGGGAAGAGGUUAUCAGAGAGGAGCUACCUCAGGAUGCACCAGCAGAAAAAACAUUCCACUCUUUAACAUAAAAAGUAACCAUUCCCCUGGAUAGCUUCUGACAUUUAGACCAAACCCGGCAUUAAAGACAAAUAUACAUUUUCAUUGUUGUCAGCAGAAAAGACCCACAGAUGCACAGAUGACCCAUAGAUUUCAGUGUUGAAUAUUCCUGGGUAGAAUAUUUCAUCCAGACAUAUAAGGCAUAUCUACACUACCUUUCAAAAGUUUGGGGUCACUUAGAAAUGUCCUUGUUUUUGAUAGAAAAGCAACAACAACAAAAAAUCCAUUAAAAUAACAUCAUAUUGGUCAGAAGUACAGUGUAGACAUUG